AUGGAGCUCUUUUUAGCAACCAUUGUUACUCUUUCGUUACCAGUGGUCCUCUAUUCCAUGUUCCAGCUGCUCUCCAAAUUCAAUUACUCAAACCAAAACUGUUACAUGCUUGCUUACCAGUGCUACAAACCUCCAGACAAGCUAAAGUUGAGCACUGCAACCGCGUUGAAGAUCCUCAUCCGGAACCAAAACCUCAACCUCGAAGACCAUCGGUAUCUCCAGAAGUCCAUGGUCGGGUUAGGGCUUGGAGAAGAGACGUACUGUCCAAGAAGCAUACUCGAACAAGGCGGCAGGAAAACGACGACAACUUCAUCCCCUACGACGCUCGAGGUUGCACUCCAGGAGAUGGACGAUAUCGUCUUCCACACCCUCGAUCGGCUAUUUGCCAAGUCGGGAAUCUCUCCUUCUCAGAUCGACAUCCUCGUCACAACGACGUCGCUUUCUGCCCAUACUCCAUCUCUUACAGGUCGGAUUGUGAAUCGGUACAAGAUGAAGCAAGGAAUCAAGUCAUACAGUCUGGCCGGUAUGGGGUGCACCUCCAGCAUCAUCGGCAUCGACAUGGCGCGAAACCUACUCAACACCCAACCCAACGCCUUCGCGAUCGUCGUUAGCGCCGAAGCCUUUGGGUCCCACUUUUACCGCGGCAGUGAUAGGUCUAUGAUCCUCCCCAACCUCUUCUAUCGAACCGGAGGCACAUCAAUCCUCUUGACCAACAACUCGAACUACAGGGACCAAGCCAUGCUAGAGCUCGUGGCUCUGGUCCGGACCCACGACCCCAGCGACGAGUCCUACAACUGCUUCCUCAAAGUGGAGGACGACCAAGGCCUUGCAGGGUUCCACGUCGGAACCCUAAUGAUGGAAAAAGUAGCGAGGAAGUGUUUGACGGAGAAUUUCAGGGUUCUUCUCCCCAAGGUGGUCCCUCUUUGGGAAACCCUACGUUUCGCGCUGCUGCUGAUGCUCUCGAGGCUAGGUCGUCGUCGUCCACGACGAAAAAUAAUGAUCGAUAUGAAAGCCGGGAUCCAUCAUUUCUGCCUGCAACCAACCACGAGGGCUACUAUCGAUGGGUUCAGAACCGGGCUGGGGCUCGAGGAACGUGACGUGGAGCCUUCUCGAAUGACGCUCCAUCGAUUCGGGUUCACGUCGGGGAGUAGUUUGUGGUACGUUUUGGGUUACAUGGAGGCGAAGAGGAGGUUGAAGAAAGGGGAGAAGGUGUUGAUGGUGGCCAUGGGAGCUGGGUACAUGUGCAACACGUGUGUUUGGAAGGUCAACAGAGACUUAUUGCAGGGUGGUGGGGAAGAAGAAGACGACGACGUAUGGGGAGAUUGCAUUGACCGCUAUCCUCAACCGACGGAGGUUAAUUCUUUCGCGGCGAGGUUGGAUUGGGUUCAAGAGGAUUGUAUGAACUUCGUUCGAUAUGAUGAUUAUAUCCGAACCGAGUUUUCUAAACUUUAA